AUGAGCGCUCCCAUUUCCAAAACACCGAAAAGCAAAAAGAAAGCUCCGACUCCAAAAGGAAAGAAAACGCCUGUCGCCACCAAGAAAGCAGGAAACAAGAAACCAUCACCCAUUCCUGAGGAUCGACCUAGUAGCUUCACCCAACCACCUGAAGCCCAACCGCCUGAAGCCAUAACGACAUUCCAUAAUCCAGCCACGGGGCCGAUUGUCUUCAAGGCAAAUGUCAACUUGCCAGAGCGAAACGGGCCUUUCACUGUUUUGGAUGUCGGCCAAACUGUCGAAGGUUGCGGCGACAAGAAAGGUCGAAUGUUUUAUGGGUAUUUUAUUUUCUUCAAAUUUGACGUUCGCUUCAACAUCAAUACCCCUUUGAAGCCUCUCUACAAAGGUCGGUUGCUGACAACUGACACGGUGCAGUUGACUGUGCCUGCCUGGGACUACAGCUUGCUUAAGUGUCGAGACAGCUUCGUCGCAAAUUCGAAACUACAGGAUAACUUCACGGAAGCGAUUGACGAUGUGCAUGAUAAGUUUGCCAACGACGAAGAAAACCGCUUCUUCUGCACCUAUCACAUGCAAUUUGAGGGUUACAAAUUGUCGUCCAAGGCCGUCUAUCCGGAUGCUGGAGAAGAUGAGUUGGUUGGCAUGGAUGUCAUCAAGGUGGAGUGGGUGCAUGCGAAGUCGAAAUCAAAUGGUACUGACUUCUUUGCUCGCUGGAUAGUUGUCCGCACUGACAAAGACUCUCGCAAGAAGGGAAAGCGAGAGGAAGAAGCCAAGAAAUUGGAUGCUGUUGCUCAGCAGCUCAAAGAACUUGGGCUCGAGGGGCUUGACGGUAAUUAG